AUGAGAAAGAUAAAGAAGAAGAACAAGGACUACUUCGAUUCUGACGAGAGUGAGGCCGAUGAGUCUGAGGAAACCGAAAGUAAGGAUCAGACAGAGACUGAGGAGGACAGCGAUGAAGAGGAGCCAGAUGAGCAGGACAAGAGGAAAGUGAAGAAAAAGGGUGGUGAGGGCAGCAAGACUGGCAAAAAGUGCAAAGGUACAGAGGGGAAGAAGAGCGAGGAGAGGAAAGGCGGCUCCAACAAAAACAAGAAAGGGAAGAAAGCUGGAAGCGAUGAGGACGAGGAUGACGGAUGA